CAAAUUCCGAUUAACGUACAAGCAAACAAUUCAUCUGUUGGGACCCGGACGCAUCUUGUCGCUUACGGUUUCGCGUGGCGCUCCCAGCUAGACUUCAAUGGGGUAUGAAGACUCAGAAAAAGCAAGAACUUCAUUCCACGGUCCUACUGAACCUAUGGCCAAUCGGCGACAGUUGCACCGCCACGACCCAAUAUUAUUUUGUGGUAUGCAUGUCGUGGUGAGAUUCUGUCUUCUUGCUUUUUUCCAUGCUCCCGUCACGGGGGCCAAAAUGUCAAGGUGGGAUCUGCCUCGACGGUGCCAACAGAAAAUGAUGUCGGAGGAAGUUGGAGCAUGGAAAAGGUUUUUUUUCAUAGGUAAGCAUACCUUGUCAUUCGAGUAUAUGGUCGAAGACGACUGGGAUCAUGCUGGCAAGGGUACAACGCUCAGCACCUAUUCAACAGAAGCCAGAGGUGAAGUAUUUGGAUGGUGAUCAAGGUGUUCUGUAGUCCCAUGCACAGACGGUGUGUCCCCGGAUGGUAAAAUUUUAUAUAGUAUCGAGGCUGAGUUACGGAGUCACGAGCGGUCGAUCUGGUGACAGAUCCUGAGCCACGGCCACAGAUUUCCUUUGGCUUCACCUCAUAUUCCAAAGGUUUAUCAUCGCCCAGAAACAGUUCUGU